AUGUCAACGCCGGAAGAAAUUCCAAUUCCAAUGCUUCUGGUUUAUCCACGUCCUUUUCUUGACACCGGAAACGCAAAUUUCGUUGCGGGGCUUGUUAACAAAAUUAAGACGUGUAAUUCCUUUGAAAAGAGUUCGGUUGUGUGCUAUGUUGUUGGGUUGGCUAAACAUCCUCGGUCGAACGAAAAAGCGAUUGUGAUUGCAACGACUGCGAUGAAAGGAGAUUUUCACAUCUUCCGAUUGUUAGUGACGUGUUCCCAAAAUGAUGUGUUGAUUUAUACGGAAUAUAAAAUUCCGAAAUUAGUUCAAAAUGGGGAAGAUUUUAAUGAUUUUACUUUGUGUAAUGCUGUAUUAAAUCAAGACUUAAAUGGGAUAGUAGUUUUAGAAACAAAACGGAGUUUUCUCUUAUAUUCCGUUAUCAACACGAAUGGAGUUGGGAAGAUGGAAGAGUUAGUGUUAUCCCCAUAUCAAACGAAUAGAAUAACACAACAAGUAGAAAUAGUACCAUUUGAUAUAACUAAAGGGUCGAGUUUUGCGGUGCACACACAAGACUCAAUGUGGACUGUUUCUUUUAAAACUAGUUUAUUUAGUAAAAAAGUAUUAAUAUAUAAACAUGAAACGUACGAUGAAGCGUGUUGCUUUGUAUUAAACACGAUGAAAGAUAUGAUUUUAAUCACGACGAAAGACGUCUACUCAUUAAUACCAUUUGAACCACUCCAACGCAUAGAAAAUAAGUUCAACACGAUGUCGUUUAAAACAUUCACAGAAAUGUAUUUUAGAUAUCGACGGCUGUGCGAUAAAAGUCAACCGGUCUCAUUCACUAGCACACAAUUUAUGAAGAAACAAAACGACUUUUCUGCGUUUGUAACGACGACGAGCUUCCCGUUAAUUGAGCCAAAUCUCUUAAAUACUUUGCCGGAAUCGAAAACUAAGAAACCCGUCAUACAAACCAUUUUCUUAGGGAAAUACUAUUACAUUUUUAUAUUAAAAGCUAUGGUUUGGAUUUGUGAUGAGAACGGGGUUUUACAUACACUGGAAUCAAAGGGAUCUCCUUAUGAAACUUUAUUUGUUGAUUCCGAUCUCAUCUUUUUUGUUUCUGAUAAUAGAGUGUCGGUUUAUGAUUUUCACCCGACACAUCAAACCGUUUUGGUGGAAUCAAUGAAAAGUUUAAAAGCGAAAAAUCUGUUGAAUUUGAGAAGAUUGGACGAUAAUCUGUAUAUUGAAGAUUUGACGUUUAACAUUUUCCAGUUGGAUUAUAAUCCUCAUUACUUUGUGGAAUAUUUGUACUCACCAACGAAUACGAGACUUACGUUUUUGCAUAUGCUCUUUCACACCCCGUGUCACUUUCUAUAA